CCGGAGCUCCGGCAGCGGCUGCUGCGGCAGCUGCGGCGGCAUCGGAGGGAGAGGAGGAGGAGGGGCGGCCGGAGCGCGGAGGCAGCGGCCCGGGCCGGGCAGGCGCAGGCCUGCACGUUCCCUGAUGGCCCACAUGCCGGGAGGCCCUGGGGAAGUGGACAACAUGGAGGGGCCCCCUUCCAUCAAUAACAACAACCCCACCCGGUGGGAGAGCCCCGAGCGGGCCUGGGACCGGGAGCCCACGGCGGCCCCAGCGCCAGCUUCCGGGUCAGCCAACGCAGCUGCCUCACUCUUCGAGUGUUCCCGGAUCAAGGCCUUGGCAGAUGAGCGGGAGGCGGUGCAGAAGAAGACGUUCACCAAGUGGGUAAAUUCCCACCUGGGCCGCGUGGGCUGCCGCAUCAGUGACCUGUACGGAGACCUGCGUGACGGUUAUGUGCUCACCCGCCUGCUGGAGGUGCUGUCAGGGGAGCAGCUGCCACGGCCCACACGGGGCCGGAUGAGGAUCCACUCCCUGGAGAACGUGGACAAGGCGUUGCAGUUCCUGAAGGAGCAGCGCGUGCACCUGGAGAACGUGGGCUCCCAUGACAUUGUGGAUGGGAACCACCGGCUCACCCUGGGGUUGGUCUGGACCAUCAUUCUUCGCUUCCAGAUUCAGGUCAUCAAGAUUGAGACGGAGGACAAUCAGGAAACACGAUCAGCCAAAGAUGCCCUGCUGCUCUGGUGUCAGAUGAAAACAGCGGGUUACCCUGAGGUGAACAUUCAGAAUUUCACUACUAGCUGGAGGGAUGGCCUGGCCUUCAAUGCUCUCAUCCAUCGACACAGGCCAGACCUAGUGGACUUCAGCAAACUCACCAAAUCCAAUGCUACCUACAACUUACAGCGGGCGUUUCACACUGCUGAGCAGCAGCUGGGCCUAGCCCGUCUACUUGACCCAGAAGAUGUGAACAUGGAAGCUCCAGAUGAGAAAUCCAUCAUCACCUAUGUGGUCUCCUACUAUCACUACUUCUCCAAGAUGAAGGCCCUGGCAGUUGAGGGAAAGCGGAUAGGGAAGGUACUGGACCAGGUGAUAGAGAUCGGGAAGAUCAUGGAGCGUUACGAGGAGCUGGCUUCGGAGCUCCUGGCCUGGAUCGAAAGAACCGUGGCUCUCAUCAGCAACCAGAGGUUUGCCAACUCUCUCAGCGGCGUCCAGCAGCAGCUACAGGCUUUCACGGCCUACUGCACCCUGGAGAAGCCCAUCAAAUUCCAAGAGAAAGGGAACCUGGAAGUUCUGCUCUUCAGUAUUCAGAGCAAACUUAGGGCCACCAACCGGCGUCUCUAUGUCCCCAGAGAGGGCUGCAGCAUCUCGGACAUCAACAAGGCUUGGACCCGACUAGAAAAGGCAGAGCAUGAGCGGGAGGUUGCUCUUCGAGGAGAGCUCAUCCGGCAGGAGAAACUAGAGCUUCUGGCUCAGAGGUUUGACCAUAAGGCAGCCAUGAGGGAGAGCUGGCUUAGCGAGAACCAGCGCCUCGUGUCCCAGGACAACUUUGGGUAUGACUUGCCGGCGGUGGAGGCGGCCAUGAAGAAGCACGAAGCUAUCGAAGCUGACAUCUCGUCCUACGAGGAGAGGAUCCAGGCCGUGGCCGACCUGGCCCAGGCGCUGGCCGGGGAGGGCUACUACGACGCGCGGCGCGUUGCCGCCCAGCGCGACAGUGUCCUGCGCCAAUGGGAGCUGCUGACGGGGCUCGUGGGAGCCCGCAGGACUCGGCUGGAGCAGAAUCUGGCCUUACAGAAAGUCUUUCAGGAGAUGGUCUAUAUGGUGGACUGGAUGGAGGAGAUGCAGGCCCAGCUGCUGUCCAAAGAGUGCGGCCAGCAUCUCCUGGAGGUGGAGGACCUGCUGCAGAAACACGGUCUGCUGGAGGGGGACAUCACGGCCCAGAGCGAGCGCGUGGAGGCGCUCAACGCCACGGCCCUGAGAUUCUCCCAGCUACAGGGUUACCAACCCUGUGACCCGCAGAUCAUCCGAAACCGAGUGAGCCACGUGCACGGCUGCCUGACGGAGCUGCAGGAGCUGGCGGGCCGGCGGCGGGCGGAGCUCGAGGCCUCCCGGACGCUGUGGGCGCUGCUGCAGGAGCUGGAGGAGGCGGAGGCCUGGGCCCGGGAGAAGGAGCACCUGUUGGAGAGCAGGGCCGGCGGCGGCGGCGCGGGCGCCCACGACCUCCCGAGCGCGGCUCGCCUCCUGGCGCAGCACCGGAUCUUGCAGGGGGAGCUGGGGGGGCGGCGGGCCCUGCUGCAGCAGGCCCUGCAGCGGGGCGAGGAGCUCACGGCCGCCGCCGGCGGGGACGCCGCGGCCUUGGGGCUGCUGGAGCGCGCCGCCGGAGCCCGGCGGCGCUGGCAGCGGCUGGAGGAGGCGGCGGCCCGGCGCGAGAGGCGGCUGCAGGAGGCGCGGGCGCUCCAUCAGUUUGGAACGGAGCUGGACGGGCUCUUGGCCUGGCUCCGCGAUGCCUACCGACUGGCGGCCAGUGGGGACUUUGGACACGACGAGGCAUCGAGCCGCCGGCUGGCGCGGCAGCACCGGGCUCUGUCCGGGGAAGUGGAGGCCCACCGCGGCGUGGUGGCGGGCCUGCGGCGCCAGCUGGCCGGCCUGGGCGGGACGGGGCGCGAGGCGGCGGCGGGGGCGGCGGCGGGGGGCGUCAUGGCGCUGCAGGUGCGCGUGGUGGAGGUGGAGCAGCUCUUCGCCGAGGUGGCGGAGGUGGCGGGCCUGCGGCGCCAGUGGCUGCGGGACGCCCUGGCCGUGUACCGCAUGUUCAGCGAGGUCCACGCGUGCGAACUCUGGAUCGGGGAGAAGGAGAAGUGGCUGCUCGCCAUGCGCGUCCCUGACGACCUGGACGAAGUGGAGGUGGUCCAGCACAGGUUUGAGAGCCUGGACCAGGAAAUGAACAGUCUGAUGGGCCGCGUGCUCGACGUGAACCACACGGUCCAGCAGCUGGUGGAAGGCGGGCACCCCAGCUCCGAGGAGGUGCGCUCUUGCCAAGACCACCUCAACAGCAGGUGGAACAGCAUCGUAGAACUCGUGGAACAGCGGAAGGAGGAGGUGAACCUAGUUCUCUCCGUCCAGAAUCAUCUGCUGGAGUGUGCCGAGGUGAAGAGCCAGGUCCGAGAGCGCCGGCUGGCCGUGGAGAGCGCGCCCCGGGCGGGCGGGGUCCUCCAACGGCUCCUCAGCUCCCUGGAAGCCACUCUCCUCGCACUGGAGCCCAGACUGCAGGCCCUGAGAGAGGAAGGGGAGGCCCUGGUUGCCCGGUACCCAGCCCAGGCCCCCCGGCUGCAGCCCGAGAUAGAAGAACUGGACACGGAGUGGGCGGCCCUGGGCCACGCGGCUCGGAACUGCGGGGAGGCGCUGGCCACUGCCAGCCGACUCCAGGGCUUCCUGCACGACCUCGACGCCUUCCUUGACUGGCUGGUGCACGCCCAGGAGUCGGCAAGCGGCGGGGGCCAGCUGCCAGGCUGCCUGGAGGAGGCCGAUAGCUUGCUGAGCCAGCACGCCGCUCUCAAGGAAGAGAUGGACCGGCGGGAGGAAGACUUCGGGAGGAUCCAGGCCGCCGGGGACGUUCUGGCGGCCGACGGGGCCGAGCUGGGGCCCGAGCUGGUCCUGGAGGACUGGCUGCCCCACUUGGAACUGGGCUGGCAGAAGCUGCUGAGUCUGUGGGAAGCUCGCAGGGAAGCCCUGGCCCAAGCCCACGUCUACCAGCUCUUCCUCCGAGACGUGCGCCAGGCUCAUGCUGUCCUCCACAACCAGGAGACAGUGCUGUCAGGCCUGGAGGUACCCGGAACAGUGGAGACAGUAGUGGAGGCUAUCAAGCGUCACCGGGAUUUCCUGACCACCCUGGAAUUGAACCUGCAGAAGAUCCAGCUGGCCGCGCAAGCUGGAGACAUCUUGCGUAGGCAGGGAAAUGCCUAUGCAGAGAAAGCCCAGGAGCAUGGGGCCCAGCUGCUACAAAAGAGCCAAGAAACUCAGCUUCGAGCCCAGCAGUGGAUGCAGUGUCUCUAUGACCAUCUGGAGCUGCAGCAUUUCCUACGAGACUGUCAGGAGCUGGAUGGCUGGAUUCAUGAAAAGAUGCUGAUGGCUCGGGACAGCACUCGGGAGGAAGGCCACAAACUCAGGAAGCGAUGGCUCCGGCACCAGGCCUUCAUGGCCGAGCUGGCCCAGAAUAAGGAAUGGCUGGAGAAGAUUGAGAAGGAGGGCCAGCAGCUGAUGCAGGAGAAGCCCGAACUGGCGAGCUCUGUCCAGAAGAAACUGGGAGAGAUCCGGCAGUGCUGGGCCGAGCUGGAGAGCACCACCCAGGCCAAGGCCCGGCAGCUGUUCGAGGCCAGUCAGGCCGACCAACUGGUCCAGAGCUUUGCUGAGCUGGACAAGCGGCUCAUGCACAUGGAGAGCCAGCUGCAGGGCGUGGACCCUGGGGGAGACCUGGCCACUGUCACCAGCCAGCUGAAGAAGCUGCAGACCAUGGAGUCCCAGGUGGAGGAGUGGUGCCGGGAAGUGGGGGAGCUGCAGGCCCAGACGGCGGCCCUCCCCCUGGAGCCCGCCAGCAAGGAGCUGGUGGGGGAGCGGCAGACGGCGGUGGGCACGCGCAUCGUGCGCCUCAUCGAGCCCUUGAAGGAAAGGCGGCGCCUCCUGCUGGCCUCCAAGGAGCUGCACCAAGUAGCCCAUGACCUGGAGGACGAGAUCGCGUGGGUCCAGGAGCGGUUGCCCUUGGCGACGCAGACGGACAAGGGGAACAGCUUGCAGUCUGUGCAGCAGCUCAUCAAGAAGAACCAGAGCCUCCGUCGAGAGAUCCAGGGGCACCGAGGCCGGGUGGAGGAGGUGCUGGAACGGGCCGGGGCGCUGGCCUCCCUGCGCAGCCCAGAGGCCGAGGUGGUGAGCCAGAGUCUGGAGCGUCUGCAGGGCCUGUGGAGCUCCCUGCAGGAGGAGGCUGAGCGGAGGCAGCAGGUGCUGGACGCUGCCUUCCAGGUGGAGCAGUACUACUUCGACAUGUCGGAGGUGGAGGCCUGGUUGGGGGAGCAGGAGCUGCUACUGAUGAGCGAAGAGACGGGCAAGGAUGAGCAGAGCACCCUCCAGCUCCUGAAGAAGCACCUGCUGCUGGAACAAAGCAUUGAGAAUUAUGAGGAGAGCAUCGCCCAGCUGUCCCGCCAGUGUCGUUCCCUGCUGGAGAUGGGGCAUCCGGACAGUGAGCAGAUCAGCCGACGGCAGUCUCAGGUGGACCGCCUGUACGUGGCCCUGAAGGAGCUGGGGGAGGAACGGCGCGCGCGGCUGGAGCAGCAGUACUGGCUGUAUCAGCUGAGCCGCCAGGUGGACGAGCUGGAGCACUGGAUUGCGGAGAAGGAGGUGGUGGCCGGCUCCCCCGAGCUGGGCCAGGACUUCGAGCACGUCACGGUCCUGCAAGAGAAGUUCACCGAGUUCGCCAGCGAGACGGGCAACGCCGGGCGGGAGAGGCUCGCCGCCGUCAAUCAGAUGGUGGACGAGCUGAUCGAGUGCGGCCACACGGCCGCCGCCACCAUGGCCGAAUGGAAGGACGGGCUCAACGAGGCCUGGGCCGAGCUGCUGGAGCUCAUGGGCACGCGCGCCCAGCUGCUGGCCGCCUCUCGCGAGCUGCACAAGUUCUUCAGCGACGCCCGCGAGCUGCAGAGCCAGAUCGAGGAGAAGCGCAGGCGGCUGCCCCGCCUGACGGCCCCUCCGGAGCCGAGGUCCAACGCGGGCAGCGUGCAGCGGGCGCUGAGGGCCUUCGAGCACGACCUGCAGCUGCUCGUGUCCCAGGUACGGCAGCUCCAGGAGGGGGCAGCCCAGCUGCGGACCGUGUAUGCGGGGGAGCACGCCGAGGCCAUCCAGGGGAGGGAGCAGGAGGUUCUGCAAGGCUGGCGGGAGCUCCUGGCUGCCUGCGAGGACGCCAGGCUGCACGUCAGCUCCACGGCGGAUGCCCUCCGUUUUCACAGUCAGGCCCGAGAGCUGCUGACUUGGAUGGAAGGCAUCGUGGGCCAGAUCGGGGCCACUGACAAACCCAGAGAUGUGUCAUCGGUGGAGGUGCUAAUGAACUAUCAUCAAGGCCUGAAGAGUGAAAUUGAGGCCCGGGGCCCAGAGCUGGCCUCCUGUCUGGAGCUGGGCCGUUCCCUGUUGCUUAGCAAGAGCCCUAUGGCCGAUGAGAUCCAGGCCCAGCUGGACAAAUUAGUGUCACGGAAAGAGGCGAUGACGGAUAAGUGGGACCAGCACUGGGAGUGGCUGCAGCAGAUGCUGGAGGUACACCAGUUUGCGCAGGAGGCCGUGGUGGCCGACGCCUGGCUAAAUGCUCAGGAGCCUCUGCUGCAGAGCCGGGAGCUGGGCAGCAGCGUGGACGAGGUGGAGCAGCUGAUCCGGCGGCACGAGGCCUUCCGCAAGGCGGCGGCGGCCUGGGAAGAGCGCUUCAGCUCCCUCCGACGCCUCACCACGAUCGAGAAGCUGAAGGCUGAGCAGAGCAAGCAGCCUCCCACGCCCCUUUUGGGCCGCAAGAUCUUCGGGGAUCCCACGGAGCUGGCGGCCAAGGCGGCGCCCCUGCUGCGGCCCGGGCCCUAUGAGCGAGCCCUGGAUCCGCUGGGCAGGAGGAGCCCGGAGCCCCUGGCCCUCCCCAGCCGACUGGACUCGGCCCUGGCUGAAGGCCGAGCCAGGGUGGGCUACGUGCGGCAGGAACUGAAGCCGGAGAGGUUACAGCCGAGGCUCGACCGGCUCUACGAGAGCGCAGGAGAAGUCCUGUCUGGGCUCGCGGCGGGGGCGACGGCCGCGGCCGGGGCCGCGGUGGAGGAGGCCAUUGCGCCGCGGCGGGAGAGGCUCGAGGCUCGAGGGGCGGCCCCGGUGGAGGUCACGGUGGAGCGGGGCCGCCCCGAGCGCCAAGUGUCCACCGACCUGGAGGUGGGCCGCGUGGAGGAGCUGCCUCGGCGGAGGGCGGACAGGCACCCGGAAAGGCAAGAGGCCGUUGAACACGAGCCCAAGCCGGCGGCUAGCCUUACUCUGGGCCGCUACGAGCAGCAGGAAAGGCGGAGGGAACGCCGAGAGAGGAGGCUGGAGCGCCAGGAGUCCAGUGAGCAGGAGACCCCCCGAACGGACCCUGCCCGCGGGAAGGCCACUCUGGCGGAUAUCGUGGAGCAGCUCCAGGAGAAGGAGUCAAGCACGGGGCCUGCGGCCAACAUCCCUGUCACUGCCACUGCGGGGCCCUCUCUCCCCCAAUCCCGGGAACUCCCACCCUCGUUCCCCGAGAGGAUGCCCCGUCCCGACCGGCCCCGUGCCCGCGACCGGCCCAAGCCCCGACGGCGUCCUCGGCCGCGGGACCCCAGCGGCGAAGGCGGCGGGGCGGGGAGGAGGUCUCGCUCGGCCCCAGCCCAGGGCACCAGCGCCCCGCCCCCUCCGCCGCCCAGCCACACGGUCCAGCGAGAGGGCUUCUUGCUUCGCAAGAGAGAGCUGGAGGGACCCAACCGCAAGGCGUCCAACAGGUCGUGGAUGAAUUUGUACUGUGUGCUCAACAAAGGUGACCUGGGCUUCUACAAAGACGCCAAGGGCCCAUCAUCGGGCGGCACUCACGGAGGAGAGCCUCUGCUCAGCCUGCACAAUGCCAUCUGUGAGGUGGCCAGUGACUACAAAAAGAAAAAGAAUGUUUUCAAACUCAAGACCCACGAUGGCAGCGAAUUCCUUCUCCAAGCCAAAGAUGAGGAGGAAAUGAAGGGCUGGCUGCAGGCCGUGGAGAGCUCGGUGGCGGAGCACGCGGAGAUCUCCCGCUGGAGCCAGACGCUGCCCACCACUUCUUCCACCGACGAGGCUAACCCGAGGCCGGAGGGCCCGGGCUCCCGGAGAGCGAGCGGCCGCCGGAAGUGACCCCGCCCCGGGGUCUCCGCCACUCCGCCGGCCCCGGGCCUUACCCCCGCGGGCAGGCCCACCCCGAGGGCCCUGAACCACACUGAGACGUCUUACCUUCCGCCUUCCCCGCCUCCACCCGCCCGGGCCCCGGACACUCGGCCCUUCUCCCUCUGACGUGGGGAGACGCCCCCUGGGCCGGCGGGCCCCGAGAUCCGCGGACGCUGACACGAGGGGGACACGAGGGGGAAGGGUCGGGUGCCCUCUCCCAGCCCGGGGGGUGCCUCAUGCCAUCGGCCCCUUGCUGGAGGCCCGCCCUCACAAGCCAUAUCGCUGUUCCGUCCCCUUCCCCCGGGUCUUGGGCUUCAUUUUUUUUUAUGCAAUAAAUGAGGUGGGGGGAGGGGACACGGGGGAGUAGUCUGCGUCUGAGCGGGGGAGAGGGAGGGGAGAGCAAACUGAGCCAAGCCUCCCUUCCCCUCGGACUCCUUCCUGCCCUCCAGGGUCCUUGGCCCGGAGGAAGGGACGGGAGGACCCUCCGACGUGUGGAAGCAAUCAAGCCACCUCAGCCCCGCGUUUUUUCCGGGGACGGGGAGCACAAUGCUGUCAGGAGAUCGGGGUGGGUGGACGGAGGCCUGUGGGGGGGCCAGUGAGGCCUGCCCUCUCCCUGGGGACCCGGGGCGCCCCUCGGGGCGGCCAGCCCAGGGUGCUGGGGAUGCGGGGGUCCCUCCUCUGCCUUUACCUCACUUCCAAAGCUGCCUUGUUCUGCCUACGGGCCGGUAGGGUGAGGGGGGAGGAGAGGGGACCCCGCAGCCUGACCCCCCCCCCAUCUCCCAUGCUCAGCGCCAUCCAUUUGUUUGCAAUCCUCCAUCCCUCCAUGGACCUUCCUCUCAUCUACCUGUAGAGACUCCGACUGCUUUCCAUAGGAUUUGCGGGAAGGGUCUGAUCCCCUCCAGGUGCCCCCAAAGCGGGAAGGGAGCUCCUGAGGCCUGCCAACCAUGCACGGCCGGGCGCCGCUGCCCCUGCAUGCUCCAUGCCGGGCACCCUCCCCCAGCCUCAGGAAGGGGCUGGCAGCGGGGUCGCCCCAGGCUGGGGGGAGGGAGAGGGAGGGCCGCGGCCCCGGCGCACUGUAUGCACCUUUAAUAAACCCUUGCUCUGUCCAGUC